AUGUUGUCCGAGGAAUGCAGUGCAGUUCUCCUUAAGAAAUUGCCACCAAAACUUAAGGAUCCAGGGAGUUUUACAAUUUCUUGCAUUAUUGGAAAUUUACAUAUUGAAAAGGCUUUAAUUGAUUUGGGUGCAAGUAUUAACUUAAUGCCUUAUUCUGUAUUUCAGCAGCUAGGCAUUGGAGAGAUCAAACCAACUUCUGUGAGCUUGCAACUGGCUGAUAGGUCUAUCAAAUAUCCACUUGGAAUCGUUGAAGAUAUACUAAUCAAAGUGGAUCAAUUUGUUCUUCCAGCAGAUUUUAUCAUCCUUGACAUGGAGGAAGACAGAGAAGUUCCCAUCAUUAUGGGACGUCCUUUUAUGGCUACUGCUGGCACCAUUAUUGAUGUGAAGAAAGGUUUAUUGUCUAUGACUGUGCAAGGCCAAACUGUUGAGUUCAAGGUGUUUGAAGCCAUUAAGAAACCUGUGGAGAUGGAUGAGUGUUUUUGUGUAGAUGUCGUUGAUACUAUUGCCCACACCACUUUCCUAGCUAAUGUAAACGAGGAUGAACUUCUCACAUGCCUAGCUAACCCGGAGCUAAGAUCAGAUUCUAAUGAGGCCCAACACCUUGUAGCAGCUUUGGAUUCGACACCUAUUCAGUUCCCAAGGUGGCGUCACACAUAUGAGCCACUAGGGACACCUAGCGCUCCUAUCUUGCCUUCCGUUGAGAUACCUCCAAAGCUGGAGCUCAAGCCAUUGCCUGAACACUUGAAAUAUGCCUUUUUGGGAGAAUCCGAUACACUUCCUGUGAUCAUUGCUUCUGAUUUGACUGUUACCGAGGAAGAAAAGCUUUUGCGGGUUUUGAGAGAGUACAAAACAGCUUUAGGAUGGACCAUAGCUGACAUUAAAGGCAUUAGUCCAUCCAUGUGCAUGCAUCGAAUUUUACUAGAGGAUGGUUCUAAGGCUACCAUUGAUGCGCAAAGAAGAUUGAAUCCUAACAUGAAGGAGGUAGUCCGAGGUGAAGUUUUAAAACUUCUUGAUGUAGGUGUGAUCUAUCCCAUCUCUGACAGCAAGUGGGUUAGUCCAAUUCAAGUCGUCCCCAAGAAGUCUGGAAUCACAGUGGUUCAGAAUGAAAACAAUGAACUCGUGCCUACAAGAAUGACCACGGGAUGGAGAGUCUGUAUAGACUACAGGAAGUUGAAUUCAUCUACUAGAAAAGAUCAUUUUCCCUUGCCUUUUAUUGAUCAAAUGUUAGAAAGAUUAGCUGGUCACUCACAUUACUGUUUUCUUGAUGGCUAUUCAGGUUAUAAUCAGAUUCCCAUUGCCCCUGAGGAUCAAGAGAAGACGACAUUUACCUGCCCCUUUGGGACGUUUGCUUAUAGGAGGAUGCCUUUUGGCUUGUGCAACGCACCUGCGACCUUUCAACGAUGCAUGAUGAGUAUAUUCUCUGAUAUGGUUGAGAGAAUAAUUGAGGUUUUUAUGGAUGAUUUUUCUGUUUUUGGAGAUUCAUUUGAUACUUGUCUGUUUAACCUCAAACUUGUGUUGGAAAGGUGCACGGACACUAACCUUGUUUUAAAUUGGGAGAAAUGUCAUUUUAUGGUACAACAGGGUAUUGUGCUAGGCCAUUCAGUCUCUAGUAAAGGCAUUUCUGUUGAUAAAGCAAAGAUAGACAUCAUUGCUAAAUUGCCGCCACCAACCUCAGUGAAGGGUGUGAGAUCUUUUCUUGGCCAUGCCGGGUUCUACAGGCGUUUCAUCAAGGACUUCUCCAAAAUCAGUCGUCCCUUGUGCAACCUGCUCGCCAAAGACGCCAUUUUUGAGUUUGAUGAUUCAUGUUUACUUGCUUUUAACAAUUUAAAAAAGCUUCUUACUUCUGCUCCUAUUAUCACAGCUCCAGAUUGGAGUUUCCCUUUUGAACUGAUGUGUGAUGCUUCUGACUAUGCAAUAGGUGCUGUUCUUGGUCAACGAAAGGAAAAGCUUUUACACGUGAUUCAUUAUGCAAGUAGAACAUUGAAUGAUGCACAACUCAAUUACUCAACCACUGAGAAGGAAUUGCUUGCCAUAAUCUUUGCUUUGGAGAAGUUUAGAUCUUAUCUUGUUGGAUCUAAAGUCAUAGUGUAUUCUGACCAUGCUGCUCUGAAGUACCUAAUGACAAAGAAGGAUGCCAAACCCAGACUCAUUCGAUGGAUUUUGUUGCUACAAGAGUUUGACUUAGAGAUUCGAGACAAGAAAGGCUCCGAAAAUGUGGUAGCAGAUCACUUGUCAAGGCUCACACCGAGCCACAAAGAGGAAGUGUUGCCCCUGAAUAAGUCAUUUCCGGAUGAACAACUAUUUUCUGUACAGCAUGGAGUCCCUGGUAUGCAGACAUUGUGA